ACUAAAACUACACUAAAACUGCCUACAUUAUAUUGACAAAGUGAGUCCGACAUCUCGUUACUCAGUCACUCUGGAGCUUUAUAUACCCUUCUGCUGGAUCACAUUUAGACACUAAUUCAGCUGCAUCACACACAGGAAUCACUAUUCCUCUCCUUCUCUAGGAUGAGGAAUCUCAGAAGAGCAGCACCGAUUCUACCUCUUGUACUCAUCUUGACCAUAGUGUUUCCACUACUCAUUUUCAAAACCCAUUUCACUGAAACCAAACCACAAGAAAAACACCUCCACAUCCAAAAGCACAUACAAACAGCCCAAUCCACAUGCCAAGGAACACUCUACCCAGACCUAUGUGUCUCCACCCUCACCACAUUCCCAGAUCUCACCUUAAAAUCUGUCCCACAAAUGAUCUCCUCCAUGGUCAACCACACUGUCAACGAAGUCAAAGCCUCCUCCUACAACUGCACCGGCCUCAAAAAGCAGCUCAAAAACCUCCAGCCACUGGAACAAAGAGCACUCGACGACUGUCUCCAUCUCUUCGACGACACCGUUCUGGAGCUCAAAACCACCAUUUCCGACCUCUCCAAAGCCACAAUAGGCUCCAAGAGGCGCCAUGACUUGCAGACAUUGUUAAGCGGCGCCAUGACUAACUUGUACACUUGCCUUGACGGUUUUGCUUACAGCAAAGGGAACGUGAGAAGGAGAAUUGAGAAGAAGCUGAUUCGGAUAUCGCGUCAUGUUAGCAACGCUUUGGCAAUGUUCAAGAAAGUUCCUCAAGUGAAGGAAAAAAUGUCUGAGAAUGAUGAGGUUUUUCCUGAAUAUGGUAAAAUGAAAAACGGGUUUCCUUCUUGGGUUUCCAACAAAGACAGAAAGCUUCUUCAAGCUUCUGUGAGUGAGACUAAGUUUGAUCUUGUUGUUGCUAAAGAUGGUAGUGGGAAUUUUACUACUAUUGGGGAAGCAGUGAAUGUGGCUCCUAACUCUAGCACUACCAGGUUUGUGAUACACAUAAAAGCUGGGGCGUACUUUGAGAAUGUGGAGGUGAUCAGGAAGAAGAGCAAUCUGGUGUUUGUAGGAGAUGGGAUUGGAAAGACGGUGGUGAAAGCUAGUAGGAAUGUUGUGGAUGGCUGGACUACUUUCCAAUCAGCUACUGUAGCUGUAAUUGGAGACAGAUUCAUAGCAAAAGGCAUAACCUUCGAGAACUCAGCCGGCCCGGAAAAACACCAAGCCGUAGCCCUCCGCAGCGGCGCCGACUUCUCCGCCUUCUACAAAUGCAGCUUCGUUGGCUACCAAGACACCCUCUACGUCCACUCCCUCCGCCAGUUCUACCGCGAGUGCGACAUCUACGGCACCGUGGACUUCAUCUUCGGCAACGCCGCCGCAGUAUUCCAAAACUGCAACCUAUACGCACGUAAACCGAAUGAUAAUCAGAAGAACAUGUUCACCGCACAGGGAAGAGAGGAUCCUAACCAAAACACUGGGAUAUCAAUCUUGAACUGCAAGGUUGCAGCUGCUGCAGAUUUGAUACCUGUGAAGUCGACGUUCAAGAGCUACCUUGGUCGUCCAUGGAAACUGUAUUCGAGGACGGUUUUUCUGAAGUCUUACAUGGAGGAUUUGAUUGAUCCUGCAGGGUGGUUGGAAUGGAAUGACACGUUUGCGUUGGAUACGUUGUAUUAUGGGGAAUAUCAGAAUCGGGGUCCGGGUUCAAACACUAGUGCAAGAGUUAAGUGGGGUGGUUAUAGGGUCAUUAAUAGUUCAACUGAGGCAAGUCAGUUUACAGUUGGGCAGUUUAUACAAGGGAGUGAUUGGUUGAACUCCACUGGCAUUCCCUUCUACUUUAAUUUGAGUUGAGUGAGAUGGCCCACCAUUUUUAUAAUAAUGUUUCUACUCGGAGACAGUAUAAAAAGGGUAAACCUGACUCGAACAUGUGACAAUAAAGUUACAUGCUAGCAAUGUUAUUGUUGCAUCGAGGCUCGCCCUUCUCUGUAACACUAUCUUUUGAUGAAUAUAUGCAAUUUAUUCAAAUGCUUUGAAAUGAAAUGAGUGCUAUGUAUCUCCUUCAUUAGGUUAUAUAUAGGCUCCAUAGUGGAUGAGGUUUAGUGUAAAUCUUUUAACAAUUUUUGUUGUCUCUUCUGUUGUUUUCUAAGAAUCUUCAAAUUGGAGAGUUUUCUACCUUGUCACAUGUUGUUUUUCUUUGGAUUUGGAUUUUGGUUUUAA